CUCCCCGCCGAGGGGAAGAGAAGGGCAGGGGCUCCGUGCCGAGGCACAGAGCCGAGCAGGCAGCCGUGGGCGCCAGGACGAUGCUGUGUCUCUGGCUGCUCUUGACUGGGCUGGUGGGGCCAGUGCGGGGUGCCUGGCCGGGGCCCGAGGCUGCCUGGCCGGGGCUCGAGGCUGCCUGCGGCCCCGAGGGCUGCUACGUUGUCUUCUUCCAACGCCGCAGCUUCCUGGAGUCCUGGCGGAGCUGCCGGGAGCGCGGCGGGAACCUGGCCACACUCAAGCACCACGAGGAGGCCGCCCAGGUGGCGGAGCUGCUGCAGGCCACGGGCCCGGGUACAGGGCAGCAGCGGCUCUUCUGGAUCGGGCUGCAGCGCCAGCCACGCCAAUGCUUCCCGCAGCGCCCACUGCGUGGUUUCACCUGGACCACCGGCGACCAAGACACGCUCUACACCAACUGGGCGCGGGCCGAGCCGGCCGGGGGUGCUGCUUGCUCGGCCUCGCGCUGUGUGGUGCUGAGCUAUGGCCCGGCCGCGCAGGAGAAUUUCCAGUGGCUGGAGGGUUCGUGCACCCUGCCCGUGGACGGCUUCCUCUGCCACUUCGGCUUCGCUGGCAUGUGCCACGGGCUGGCCACGGAGGAGACGGGGCCCGUGAGCUACACGACGCCCUUCGGCCGGGUCAGCAGCGCCCUGAGCCACAUCCCCUUCGGCACGGUGGCGUCCGUGGCCUGUGGCAACGCAGCCCCUGUCUCGGUGCUGUGCAUGCAGCAGGACGACGGCGCCGUGGGCUGGUCCAAGGAGGAGCCCCUGUGCGGGGAGGAGCAGGGGGACUGGUGCGAGGGUGACAAUGGGGGCUGCCAGCAGCUGUGCGUGGACGAGGGUCCCAGCUACUCCUGCGAGUGCCACGCCGGCCACACCUUGCUGCCUGACGGGCACUCCUGUGCCCCAGCCGAUGGCUGCCAGAACCACCCCUGCCAGUUUGAGUGUGUGCCAGGAGAGGCCGGAGGGUACCGGUGCUUGUGCCCCGUGGGCUACACGCUGGCCAGCGACGGGCGUGCGUGCGAGGACACGGACGAGUGUGCCACGGGCCCGUGUGAGCAGCUGUGUGACAACUUCCCCGGCGGCUUCCAGUGCCGCUGCCAGCUGGGCUAUGAGGAGGACGGGGCCGGGGGCUGCGCCGACCGGGAUGAAUGCGGCACCGCCCCGUGUGAGCACCAGUGCGAGAACACCGAGGGCUCCUACCUGUGCUUGUGCCACCUGGGCUUCAGCCCGGCUGAGGAGGCGCCCCAGCACUGCGUUGACAACGACGAGUGCCAGAUCCCCGGCGUCUGCCAGCAGAUGUGCGUCAACUACGUGGGCGGCUUCGAGUGCUACUGCACCGAGGGCUACGAGCUGGAGGCUGACGGCAUCAGCUGUGCCCCCCUGGCAGAGCCCCCCGCUCUGGCCACCAGGCAGCAGACCUUCUACCCGCGCUUCGGGGACCAGCAGGAGUGGGGGGCGGAGGUGCUGCAGGUUUUGGGGACGGACGAGCCAUUCAGCCUGACCCGGGCGUUCUCCGACCCCACUGCUUCCCACUCCGGUCUCUCUCCUGCAGCCCCGCACCCCAGCACCGGCCACUCAGCCCCUCGCCCCUUCACUGCCCCCCCAGCAACCACCACCAGCCCCCCAAUCCUUUCCACAAUCACUGCUCCCCCAGACCUCACCACUGGCCCCCCAAUCCCCAGCACCACCACCCGGAUCCCUCCCACAUCCACUGCCUGCCCAGAGCCCACCGAUGGCCCCCCAGUUCCUCACACGAGCCCCGCUAUCACUCCCACAAUUGGCCCCCCAACCCCCAGCACCAGCCCCCCAAGCCCCAGAUCUCCAAGGUCCCCUGGUGCUCCUGCCUCACCCUACAGCAUGGGGGAGGGGGACCCUGCAGCAGACAGGGCCAGGGCUCCGCUGCCUCCUUCAGAGGACCCCAGCACCUCUCCAGGCGGGGAGCGGGCACGGAGGAAGCGGGAUGACCGGUGGCUGUUGGUGGCACUGUUGGUGCCCCUCUGCGUCUUCCUGGUGAUCAUGGUGGCAUUGGGCAUCGUGUACUGCACCCGCUGCGGUGCCAGGGCCAAGAGCCGCAGCGUCACGCAGUGCUACCGCUGGGUCACCAGUGCGGGGGGCAAGGGGCCCCCGCACCCCUCUGCAGGGGCCCACCCGACCACCUGCCGGACCAGCGUCUGAGACUGGGGGGGGCCCAGAACACAAAGGGACCAGGAUGCCUCCCCCCACUCCCAGCUGGGAGACGAGACCCCCUGGCUGGGAUGCCAGGACUGGCCUGCACCCUUCCCCAGCUGAGACCCUGGAGCCACCCCAUAGCCCCUGGCUGGGACAUGGAGGCCGAUGCCCUGGCUGGAGCAAGGGCCCUGCAGCCACCCUGCCCCCUGGCUGGGACAUGGACACCCCAACUGGAGCACGGAGUCCAGAGCCACCCCAUCACCCUCCCCCAGCUGGGACCCUGGAGCCACCCCUUAGCCCCCAGCUGGGACAUGGACCCCCCAUUUAUUUCCCAACUCUCGAGCUGGAGCAUGGUCCCCCCAAACUGUCCUGCCUCCAUCAGCUGGUCCCCUGGAAUUGCCCAGUGGCCAUCCUGGAGAUGGAAUCACCCCCUUCCCAGGGCUGGCACUAGAACUAGGACUGGGCCCCACGAUCCAGGGCAGAGACAUGGAUCCCCUGCACCCUGGCUGGGACAUGGGCCCCCACUCAUCUCCAGGGCUGGGUUCCUCCUUAUCUUGCUCCAUGGACUUCUGCCAAACGGACACAGGAGCCACCCCCACUGCUCUGGGGGCCCCCCGCUGAUUGUGGGGAACCCCUGAUGAGACCCACAGCUACCCCCACCCCAGAAAAGCUACGAGAAACUGACAGGGAUGGAGAAGUGCCCACAGGACUUGAGAGACCUCUGGAACUAGGGGUCAUGGAGCCAAGAAGGGUGGGAAGUGGGGGCCUGGAGAUAGGGGAAGG